AUGCCUCCUCCGGUCCAAGUCGCUUACAAACGUAUCAAAGCCCCGAAAGAAGGCGAAAACGGCUACGUACGACCCCAAUCAGGCAAAUCAGAGGUCCUCCCAGCGGGAUGGAAUGGGUUCAAUGCCAAGCCCAUACAGAGCGACAUUCGCAUCGACCACGACGUCGAGAUCGUUGUCCGUGAUGGCGCAAGACUCUACGUCGACAUUUACCGGCCGGCAGACUCUACCGAGAAAAUCCCCGCUGUAUUGAGCUGGUCCUUCUACGGCAAAAAGUACAGUGCACUCGACAUGCUCCCCAUGUGCGUGUGGAACUGCUGCGUGCCGCGCUCUGACUUGAGCGGUCUCGAGAAAUUUGAGGGCCUCGAUCCGGCGACAUGGUGUCCGCGCGGGUAUGCAAUUGUCAGUGUUGACACGCGCGGCGCAGGAAAUAGUGACGGUCUUAUCACCGUUAUGGGCUCUCAGGAUGCGGAAGACGGAUACGACGUCGUUGAAGCCAUUGCAAAGAUGGACUGGUGCAAUGGGUGCAUCGGCAUGGCAGGGAACUCGGCCCUGGCAAUCUCUCAGUGGUUCAUUGCUUCUCAGCAGCCGCCGUCACUCAAGGCUAUUGCACCAUGGGAAGGAUCGGGAGAUAUCUAUCGUGAACAGUUUUGUCGCGGUGGGUGGUUCUCCAUGAGCAACUUUGAUCUUAUCACAAACGAAAUUGUUCGUGGACCGGCCAACUCCGGCAUUGAGGAUUUCGAGGAGAUGUACCGCCGCUCGCCUGUUUCUAGCCCUUUCUGGGAGGAUAAGCGGGCAGAUAUGACCAAAGUGCUUUGUCCCGUCUAUAUCCGAGGCUCAGAUGUGAGCUCUAUUCACACUAUGGGGUCCGUUCGAGCCUGGCUAGAACUUCCACAUGAUAAGAAGUGGAUUCGCUGGGGAAGCAAACAGGAGUGGUAUGAGCUGUAUAGCUGCCCGGAGUCCAUGGAUGAACUCUUCGUUUUCUUUGAUCGCUAUCUCAAGGGAAUUGAGAAUGACUGGGAGAAAACCCCCAAAGUGCGUUGGUCUGCGCUGCAGUUCGGGGAUCGAGAGGCGAUCGAUGACAUCGUGCUCGAGGAUUUCCCAUCGCCUACCACUGAAUAUCGAGAGUUCUUUCUCUCCUCGGAGAAGCUCCAUCCAACUUUGAUUGGGGCUUACGAAAAGAUUUCCUACGAUUCGGAGCUUACAUCCAGCUUCGCCGAGUUCUCAUACACGUUCGACAAACAAGCAAGACUAAUUGGUCUACCGAAGGCGGUCUUGUACAUGUCCUGCGAAGAUCGAGAUGACUUCAUUGUUUUCGUCAUCUUAAGAAAGAAGGAUAAGAACGGGAAACCAUUGAUGCAUCUCAAUUUCCCAUUCCACGCGACGCCGGUCAAUUCCAUUGACGAAAUAUCUGAGAAGGAACAGUCUAGCACGAACCUUCAUUUGGGGUCUAAUGGUAUCCUUAGAGCUUCGCACCGUGCGAUCGAUGCAGAUAAAAGCAUUCACCCACAGUUCCCUUUCCACCCUCACACGGGUCAGGAGAAGGUCCGUCCUGGAGAGAUUGUACGACUUGAGAUUGGCAUUUGGGCAAUGGGCGUGGAUUUUGACGCUGGUGAGACGAUCAGCGUGCGGGUCUCUGGCCAAUACCCUAGUAUUGCGGAGUAUAAGACUUGGUCACAGCCGCGUCCGGAGGAGGAACUUAAUCGUGGGAAGCAUUUCAUUCACUGUGGUGGGAAGUAUCCUAGUUCUGUUAUCUUGCCAUUCAUUUAG